AUGACAUCCUGCUUCCAACCUGCAGUUCACGAACAAAUAACAGCUUACAGCAGUAACAUUGAUAGUCAGGAAAAGCAGUUUGAAAAGAGGACAAUACUGUCACCUGGAUUCAGUAAGCUACCUAUGGAGGAAUUGGAAAGUUGGAAAAGAACUCAUGAAACUCCAACUGAAUGGCGCAUAAGGCGAUCGUUUUUGGAAAAAAAUUUUAAUAAAUUACACCCUGAACGCUUGGAGUGUCUUUCACAUUGUUUUACUAAUGCUACAUUGUACAAAGUCAAAUAUCCAGAAAAGGUCAUGGAAGAGAUCAACCUUCUUGGGGAAGGAAUUGAAGAAGCCAAUACUUGUGAACAGAGGAAAAAUUUCAGUUGA